UUUCGACUUCUUCAGCCGACGAUUCCCAAUAAGACAAUCUCCGACCGCCGCAACAUCACGACGGAUUCUUCACCGUGCGUAACUGUAAAAAAGAAAACUUAAAAUCAAUCGUUCACCUAAAUCCUGAUUCUUAAUAUCUCCAUGAUCUUAAUUGCACCAGAUCUACGAUUCGAUUUGAUUCGAUUCUUCUCCAUUGGGCACAAAAUGGUUUAUCACUCGAGCUUUGUGGAUGAAGAAGGGAUAACAAAGGCAUGUGGUUGUCCAUUGCUUCCUCUCAAGAGUCAUAUAAAAGGUCCUGCACCAAUUUCAGAACAAGAUAAAACUGAUAUCGUGGACGAGGCGAUCACCUUCUUUCGUGCUAAUGUCUUCUUCACAAACUUUGAUAUCAAAAGUCCUGCUGAUAAGCUUCUUAUUUACUUGACGUUUUACAUAAAUGUGGCGUUAAAGAGGCUCGAAGGCUGUAGAACGUUGGCUGUUGGAACUAAGGCCAUUAUCAACUUGGGUUUAGAAGAUAUUCCUGUUCCUGGAGAAACUGGCUUUCCUUUCCCAGGCCUCUUUUCGCUUCCUCAGUCCCUGGACGAAGCAGAUCUUUUCAGGAACUAUCUUAAGCAGGUUCGAGAGGAGACGAGUGGGAGGCUACUGAGUGUAGCUUAUAGAGCCAAUGGGACACCAAACAAAUGGUGGCUUGCAUUUGCCAAGCGGAAAUUCAUAAACGUUGUCGUCCUAUGAUAAAACACAUUAUCACUGCAUGAGAAUCACCGCCUUUAGCUUCCUCUACAUAGCUGUUAUCCCCUGGAACCAAGAAGACCAUCUGAGAGCAGAGAGCUUUCUCUUUAUCUCUCAAUAUAUAUACUAGAGUGUGCCAAUGUAUUGUUUCAUACACCUCUUGUUGGAAUAUAAAAUUUGUUGAUACAAGAUCAAAGUUAAAUAAAAAGAUUAUUUUAAUA